UCUAGCAAAGUGGUCUUGAGUUUAAAUUCAUGAAACAAAAUUAUUCUUUCCAAAUAAAGCUAGGGUUCAGUAGUGUGAUACAUAUUCACCUAUCUGUUUACUUUUUUUUUCUCUUGAAUCAUGAUUAUGAAAUAUCUAAGUAGACUUUGUUUUCAUCUUUCAGCUAUGUUGGUAAAGUUUCCACCAAAUUCUGUAAAGAUGAAGCAACCUUUCAGUAUGCAACCUUGGGAUUCAUCUCCAGAGAUUGUCAAGAAGCUUUUUAAGGUUUUCCAUUUCCUCUAUACUUACUCUCUUAUCAUUGAUGUCUGCCCAUUCACCCUUGAUGAGUUUGCUCAAGCAUUUCAUGACAAGCUAAGCAAAUGGACUCACAACAAAGACAAGUGCACAAAGGAUGAUGAAUUGAAGGAUGGAGCAAGUUUCAUGCAUGGUUUACUUUUGUGUAUCUUGUAAUGUUUCUGUUUUUCAUUUUUGAAGUAAAAAAUGUUCAAAAACUUUAUUAUGCUAGGCUUUCAAACUUAAGUUAGAAGUAAGAUCUCAUGAAGUAGACACAUUCAUGGUUUGAAUUAGUUAUUGUUUAAUGUAAUACUUAUGGUUUAUCAAUCUAUUGAGAAUUAAAUUUUAUGAUUAA